AUGGGCAAACUCGGGAGGACGCGGAGGGGGCGAGGGAGUCACCGAGCCGACCCUCUGAAGCGAGAGGAGGGGAAAGUAGAGGAGAUGAUCGCUGCUUCAGCUGGCGACGAGCCGGACGAGGCCGAGGAUGGAGGGAUCGAUGAGCUCCUCGCAGGUAUGAGGAGCUUCCAGCCGCAGGAUAGGUCGAGGGCUGCAGAUCUGGCAGGAGGGAUCGGGAGGACAAAGAGGGGGGCGAGAAUCUUGCAGGAGCGAGGGGUGACAGCAAAGCUCACAAGUUUGUUAUGUGACUCCUCGGAGGAAGUAAAGGAAGCUGCAGCGAUCGCUCUCAGAGCAUGCUGCGGGUCCGGGGGGGAAGCUGCGUAUGAAGCAGCAGUGCGGGGGGAUCUCAUGACUCCUCUUCUGUCCAGCAUAGCGUCUCAUGUGAGGAUGAGCGGGACUCCGGGGGCAGCAGGGAGAGACGAGCUGCUCUGUGAGCUACUGGACCUCCUGUGGGAGACUUGUGAGGUCAGCAGUCAAGCAGUGAAGCGAGUCAACGAUGCGGCAGCGGGGCUGCUGCCUGCCUUGUGUAGGUGCCUGGCUCUUGGCGCUCCCUCCCCUGCUGCUCCUCUUCCUAUCGCUGUGCGCAUCGCUUGCUCAGCGGCAAACUGCAUCAGCGUUCUGUCUGAGGACAACCCUCCCAUCUCUUCCAUGCUCGCAGGGCACCCCGAGGCCCUUCUUGCGAUCCAGAGGGCAGUCAUGGAAGAGGGAUACAGCUCCAUGGUCGCCGUGUUGAGUGUGGGGAUCCUCAUCAACAUCGGGCAGCAUGCACAGCCUCCGGAGUUUGCGCAGGCCAUGAGGAGAAUUUUUGGGAGGGAGACGAUGAUCAAGGCCAUCAUAGGUGGCCCUCUACUGCCUUGCUGCCUCGUCCUGACAUGCUGCCGGGAUGCAGACUUGAAGCCGCCGGAGAAUGGCGAGGGAGGGCAGCAGACGAUGGAAGAAGAAUCUGGUGGUCAUGCGCAAGAAAAGCAGGGGAAGAGACCGAGCAUCAAACCGAUCACUCAUGGUGUCUUCCAUGAACAGUUCUUGCACACGGAGGGGAUCGCGUCGACCUUCCAUAACAAAUACUCAGCAUGGCGGGAUGAAGUAGCCGAAACGCAGCUCGCUCUCGAGAUCAUUUCGAAUUUGAUGGUCCCAGACGACAAGGAGGACGAGGAGGAGGAGGAGGGCUGGCAAUCAGCAGACGAGGAGGAGGAAGGGAGCGAGAUGCUAGAGGAGGCGAAUGUGCAGGAGCACAGUCUUCCUUCCGCAAAGCUUCCGAUUGGACAGACCGAAUUUGCGAGCUGGCUAGUAAGAGAAAAUCUGCUCGAUCUUGUUGUGCUGCGAACGAAGGGGCUCAGCGCAAACCUCAAGGAAGCUCUGGCGACCUGCUAUUACGACGACGUGCGAUACAUUCCUCUAGCCCUCAUAGACAUGCAGAUCUCAGCCAUCGAGUGCAUGUCAAACUGGAUCCUGUCCUGUCCUCCCGGCAGUCAGAUCGCCUUACAACAAGUGAGGGAUGAAAUCAUCUUGCCCAACGUCUUGUCGGUCCUGCAAUCUUCUGAACAGGGCAAGGUUGAGAUGGAGGAAUGUCUUUCUGCAACUCUCUUCGUCCUCCUCGAAAAGGCUCUCGAGCUUGAGAUUCGCACAAUUCUCGUCCUACCCAGUGAGCUCCAGGAAGCAUUGGCUGUGUGGGCCGAGCAAGGGGCGACAGAGAGCAACACGAGCAUUGGAAAAAUCUUGGUCAAGGUUGGCAGCAGGCAGUCUGUCCAUGACUCCAUUGACUUCUCUUGUCAGAGUGCACAAUCUGCGAGAUCCAUCCUCGUGGUGGCCGAGGCUGUCAACGCUAUGUUUGACGUGUACGCGGAAGAUGACCUCAACGAGCUUGUCCUCCGUCCCUUGCGAGUGAUCACGUUUGAGAUGCAAGCGAUGUUUGUUGCUGCCAUGAAGCAAUGGCUUGCUGACAACAAGGCGAAGAUAAGACAAGACCCACAGAUGAGAAACGCUGCAGACAGAUUGAAAGAGGUGAAACAAAACCUGCCAAGAUUCAUUAAGUACAAGAAAGACCUCGGUCUGUGA